AUGACCCGGGCAUCCUCAAAGCGCAUCGCUUCGAGCCGUAUCGUUGCUGUCUUGGACUCGCCUUCUGUCUCUCCGCUCCCUUCUUCGCCGGAACCCCAACAGUUUGCACCGGCCUCCAAGAUGGUCACCCGCAAGAACAACAUGCGCCCCACUCCCCAAGCAGAUAUCGCUAUGCCAAUCACCUAUACACCAACCACCCAUCGUAUUAGCAAAGCUAAGAAGGGCAAGCGCGUACAUGCCUGUCAGCACCCAGGAUGUGGAAAGGUCGGCGCAACCCAAUGCAUUCCUGAGUGGACCAAACUGACUCGAUUACAGGUCUUCACCAGAGCGGAGCAUCGAAGACGCCAUGAGCUGAACCACAACCCCGAAGCUUCGUAUCGCUGCAGAAUACCAGGAUGCAAGAAGGCAUUCCACCGCGCUGAUCUACUUGCGCGCCACACAGAAAGACACGAGCUUGAAUCGCAAACCGAGCAGCCCUCAUGGGCAUCCAACUCGCGAAACUCUAUCGCCUCCGAGUCUUCUGUUCCGCGCUGUAUGUCAAUGGACCACGGAAUGUCAUUAGUCGCAACAUCGCAUGCCCAUACUAUGUCCAUUGGCUCGCUGGUGGCUCCUGGGAUUCACCCAGAUCUGGCCAACGGCUGCUCAUUAAUGUGGAGCGGUGUCGACCUCCCUCUGCAGCCCCGCCCGGCCUUUCAGAGCCAGCUCCCCGAGUCUGCAGAUGAUAGUCCCUUCUACUCUUCCCCUGCAGAGACCUGCCCCUCGCCUUUGUCGGAUGCGACUUUCUCCCUCCCUCCCCACUCUAGCUCCUCAAUCUCUUCUGCGUCUGUCUCCGUUAUCGACCAGUAUCCGAAGAGUAUUAUGAAGGUGGAGGCUUCGUCACCGCUCCAGAUGCACACCUCUCUCCGCUGGGAAACCGAACCCGGCAUGCCUCCGUCGCACAUGCUUCCCAUGUCCAUGACGGAGAAUAUGAUCCAACCUCCUGUUCAGUGCCACUACCCUUCUCCCUCAUGGUCCAGCGCAGACUGCCUUCCCUAUGAAGACCAGGUCCAUCACAUGCAACAGUUUCAGCCCGUGAACUGGGGCAUGUGA